UAGGCCGUUUUUAUCUUUGAGAGCCUGGCACGAACGACAACUCUGGUGACCAGUCACAAAUUACUUGCCCAUAAGUGUCAAUAUCAAACAUACCAAUAGCAUAAUAUUAUAGGCUAAAUUUCUACGGAUGUCUCAAGAAUCGUCAUCAAAUGUACAGGAUGGUGUACAGCAAAGCAAAGACUGCUCCAGAGAUGACAAAACAGCCUUGUACAUUCCAAAAUACAACUGGGAAUGCAUAACAGAUGUGUUCGUUGAGGCUUGUAAAGAUUUGGAACUGGGAGAGUUAUUGCAUGAUUCAACGUUUGGCCUGUUUGAGGCGAUGUCUGCAAUUGAGAUGAUGGAUGAGAAAAUGGAUGCAGGCAUGAUGUGCAAUCAGACCAAGAGACCUGUGCUAGAUCUUCAUACCUCUGUGGAUACUGGCUUGGUGAAAGUGACAGGACUAACAUACCCUGAGCUGAUUGGGAUUAUGGAUUCUUCCCUGUCAUGUAUGGUGACCUGGUUAGAGGGUCAUUCUCUGGCUCAGACAGUGUUUACGAACCUGUACCUGCACGACCCUCACAAGGUUGAAGACAAGCCACUGCGCACAUUCUGCCUGUGUAAGCUCAAGAUUGUGGACCUUCUUCGAGACCGGAUAAAUAAGGCCGGUGUUUAUGAAGAGGAGGAUUUUCAGCCGUUGACAUAUGGGUUCAAGAUGGGGGGAGACUUGACAGAUGUCAAGGUGAUCAGUACGAUGAAGGAGGUAGAGGAGGAUCUCAACAGAGCACUCAGGCAUUUGAAAGGGCAGGUCCAGGAAGGAAACGCAGAGUCAACCAUUGAGUACCAGCAAUGUGGUGCAGUUUGUACCAGAGUGAAGUUCUUCAAGGGUUUGCUGUCCAUGCUGGUUGCUUUGAGCAAAGACAAAUGUGAAGGUGUUCCCCAAGCAAAGAAGCUGAUUAGUCAGAUACUGGAGUUCAUUGAACCAAUCAGAUCAACAAUUAGUCUGGGAAUAGUUCCUGAGGACAGGGAGAUUACCAAAAAUGACUACCCCACAAUCAUGGGAUUUGACCCACUGAUCAACCAGCGCCUGUUGCCACCCACAUUUCCCCGCUAUACUGUGAUCCACACUCGGGAAGGCGCCAUCAGUUAUGUGAAGAAACUUCUGCAUAGGAUAGACACCGCUACAGCUGUGCUCAACGCCAGCAACAUUCAGGAAGUGUUUGAGGUUUUCAGAGAGUUCAGUGACACGUCACCUUGUGUAGUGUCCAGGUCCAUUCUACAGCUGAUGUUCCUGCCUCCAAGUCGCAAGGUGUUUGGUGUCCACACACUAACAGACUUCCUGAAGGAUUCUGUGAGAGCCUUUGUCAUGCCUCCUGUGCUCUCUCCCAAAGCUCAUACAAGCAUCAGCGUUGAGGUGAAACAGUAUGUGGACUCCCUGAUGACACGGGCUGUGCGGCCUAUUUGUACCGUGCUGCAAGUGCUUGGGCAUAACCGCGCCAGGCAGCGAGACAAGUGGGCGCACCUGCUGGAUGACCUGGUUACUUUACAGGACGAGGCAGAUAAGGUGGACGGUUACCUGCACCAGGUGCAGAUGAAGGCGGACCCCUCCCAUCAGCUGGGCUCCAGCUUUGGCACCUGGGUCCUCUACUACACCAUACACGUCAUGCUGGCAUACACACUGUCAGGCUUUGAGUUGGAGCUGUAUGCCCCGUAUGAGUACCACUAUGUGUACUGGUACCUGUACGAGCUCUUGUAUUCCUGGAUGUACUCUACUAUUCAAAGGGCAGAGUCCUUCGUCAUUGAGCAUGAGGCGUAUAUAGAAUCGAGCCACUCCAAGAAGGGAGGUAAGAAAGCCAAGAAGAAGAAGCGUUCCAAGGCGGUACAGCGGGAACUAGUCAUCUGCCAAGCCCAGCAGAACAUGUUCGGUGGAUACUACAAGGCGGUUGUAGGCUUGAAGCUGGGGAACAAACUGAAGGAGCCUAACUUUGAGUUUGACCGUGAGGAGGUUCGCUACUCACACAGGUUUGCACCCUUCGGCAACGUAUCCACACCCCCACUCGUGCCAUACUCACAGUACAAGGAGAUUACUGGCCUCCAUCGCUACAGCGCCCAGCCCAGUGCAUCAGACAUGUACUCAGCAGCAUGUAAAUACUUCCAUCAGGCCAAAACAUUGUUUGAGUCAGUGCAGAAUCCUUCGGAAGAGAUAACUACUGUGAUAAGAAUAGCAAAGAUGAAUUUUGUGUUGAUGAAGUUGUUAAGCGGUGGACAUAAAGAAGAUAGCAAGGAUCCACCUGAAUUUGACUUCAGCCAACAUAAGCUGUAUCCAGUGAUCAAAGUGUGAAACACUGCGGAAGCGUGGCAUGGGAACAAUCAGGAUUGAUCUGUUUAAAAAUUAAAUUAUUGGUCCAAAUCUACAGUUGUGCAAUGCAGUACACUGACUAGGUGGACGAAAAUAGUGAUCACGGUACGUUUAUUACUCAAGCCUGGAAAAGACAGCAAGAAUACAUAUUAUUGUAGAAAUAUGUCGUCAUAAAAACGGCUACAUCUGGCCUGUUUCUGCUGGUCAUUAUACAUUUUGAAAUUACAGGAUAAUAAAUGUUAAGUCUCUUGUGAAA